AGCCCUUCAUGCCACACUCUAACAUCUAUUCAGCUAAACACAUAACAAGACCAGAAACAUCAACAUGUGGACUCUGAUGUACCUCCUCUUGAUGUUCACGACCUGUUGCCUCACUCAGAGUAAUGUUGAGCAGAUAAAGGAAAAUAUGAAAUGCUAUGCCAAGGACUAUGUUAUCCAAUACUAUGUGCCUUAUGUUAGCACACAACCCGAUGAAGCUAAGCUGAAGCUGUUGAAACACCUCGAGGACAGUCUGCAGCUUAUUACUAGUACGAAUGACAAGGAGGGGGCUGAGGGGAUGGCCACGCUGCCAAAAAGUCUAAGUAAAGUUUCCAAAGACAUUGAAGAUCAACUUGGACACAAGAUCAGAGGUUUGUCCAAUAAGGUUGAAAGUAACGACGGCCUGCUUGUCAUCGAUGCUCAGAAUCUAAUGAAGGCUGUUUCCAGAGAUGUAGAGGGCAGUCUGGAUCAAAAGGUUAGAAGUUUGUCGAAUAAGGUUGAGAGUAACGAUGGCCUGCUUGUCUCAAAUCCUCAGAAUCUAAUGAAGGCAGUUUCCAGAGAUGUAGAGGACAGUCUGGAUCAAAAGGUCAGACGUUUGUCGAAUAAGGUUGACAGUAACGACGGCCUGCUUGUCAUCGAUGCUCAGAAUCUAAUGAAGGCAGUUUCCAGGGAUGUAGUGGACAGUCUGAAGCACAAGGUCAGACGUUUGUCGAAUAAGGUUGACAGUAACGAUGGAUUGCUUGUCUUCAAUCCUCAGAAUCUAAUGAGGGCAGUUUCCAGGGAUGUAGAGGACAGUCUCACAGACAUCAAAGCGAUCAUUGAUCAUGUACAUAAAGAAGUAACUGAUGAUGCCAAACUCUAUAAAGUGUUGAAAAAAGAAUUGUUAGCCUGGAUACAAUAUAAUGUUAAACACGACAAUAUGCCGCUUCAUAACCUUGACCUCAAUAAUCUGAUUAAUUGGUUGACACUGGUGCAUGACUCUCGGAGAAACAUCAGCAAAGGAGCCGAUUCCUUUUACCAAGACUGGAACACAUCGCUGCCCAUCUUGAGUGAUCUUUUCUUGUCCCUUGAUCCGUUGAAACCAUUGUCAACAAAUGUAUCCCCUUUCCCUGAUGGGUUUGACUGA